AUGCAAAGUUUAGAGAACGAUUUUGGGUGUAAUUUCCUUGCGCUGGUCCAAGAGGUCAUUUGUGGUCGUAUAGAACCUAUUAAAAAUAAAAAGUGGCUUGACGAACUAAACGAGUAUAAUAUAAGAUUAAUGGAUGUAUGGGACUGUGACGAUCCAAUAUCAAUUCUUAUCGGCGCCGAUGUUGCAGGAAAAAUAUUGACCGGUUGUCAUAAAGAACUGAAGAGUGGUUUAGUAGCGUUCGAAACGUUGUUAGGUUGGACCAUUAUGGGCGCAGUUAGACAAGAAAAUGUACGGGAAAUCUCUACUGUCACCGCAAUAUCAUUGUACCUUAAAAAUUGCGAUUUGAAAGAUUUGUGGACUCUAGAUAUGUUAGGUAUAAGAGAUCCUAUGACGCAUAGGAUUUUUAAACAACAAAAAAAACUGAUGUACAGAGAAUUCUUAGAAACCGUUUCUAUCAAUAGUGAAAAUCGAUAUGAAGUACAGUUACUAUGGUCGGAAAAUCACCCCCCUCUGUCCGACAAUAAAAGUGUUGCUAUUAAACGUCUACAAACUACUACGAAGAAGCUUAGGAUCGAAGGAAGAUAUGAAGCCUACGACGCGGUAUUCAAAGAAUGGUUAGCCGAAGGAAUCAUCGAACGUGUGUUAGACAAGGAGAUGGACAUUUGGGGACACUAUCUACCACACCGUCAUGUUGUUAAGGAACGUAGUACAACUGUAAUUCGACCCGUUUUUGACGCCUCUGCCAAAUAG